AUAGGGUUAGUUUAGUCAAUUAUUAAAGUCUCCAAAGUGCCAAGUUCGAACUUUAGCUUGACACUCUGGUCAUACUUUAGCCGUCGACUAAAGCUGUUAAAGAGAAAGGGGAUGUUCCUGCGAAGAGUCUCUCCUCUGUUCUGUACCAUAACCAAAAGAUCACAAAGUCGCUUCCUUUCGAGUCCGGCUAACUCUGCCCAAAACUGGGCAUCUCGCCACUACUUACAAGCUACUCGUUCAUACGCAAGUGGAGGACGUAAAGACUACAAUCUCUUUGGUAAUGUCAAACCAGGCGAUGCUGACUUUAGAAAAGCCUGGGAGAAAGAUAUGAAGGAUGAUGAUGAUGAUGAUGAUACUCUAUGGUCAGCAAGUGAAGACGAAGCCAAUGAUAAAGGAAGAAACCGUCUUGAGAAAGAGGUUAAGAAAGCUAGGCAACAAGCUAAAGCCUCCUCAGAUCUAAUCGACGCAGACGACAGUGACGAGCUAUACAGUGUCUGGUCCGGAAGCGACGAGGAGAAAACCUUAUGGACCGGCGACGAAGGCGACGACGACGACGAUAUUCCGACAGAGCCACACCCAAACGAAGCAUCUGACAAGUACUUGGACAAGUUGUUCGAGUUCGAGGAGAAGCCAAAGUACAGAACAAUCUCAGAGCUGUUGAAAUCCGAGAACGAGCCUGAGGAGCUUUCCCCUGGUAAGCAGGCGAGGAAGCUGGCCGUUGAGAACGCGUUGAAGAAGCUGAACAAAGGGCCUGACGGGCGUUACACUAACGUCUGGGAAGUGAUGAGUGAUGUGGAUAUUCUGAUUGGUGCGUUUGAGAAUAUUAUCUCGGGGCCUGAGUAUGAAGAGCUGAGGAAAGGUGGACCCAAGAGGUUGAACAUGCAGUUUUUUAAGGAUAUACAAACAAAGAUGAGAGAUCCAAACUUCAAAUUCACGCCUGAGAUAAAGCUGAAGCCUAAGAGUAAACUGGUGCCUAGGAAGAAAUGGCAGAAGGCUCAGUCUAGAAGAAGGAAAGCUCAGAAGCGGUAAAAAUCUCCUUGCCUACCUCUUCAAGGAUCCUAAUAGAUUUUAACAGUGUUAGAAGAAUGCUUAGACAACAACAACAGCAAACAGUUUCAACAAGAAUGAGUUAAAGAGUGUUAUGACUGUUUCAUCCUGAUGCCAAUCUUGUGAAGAAUCGGUACCGUGAUUAAACGCCUUUCCUUUGGAGUUAUUCUAGGGGAGACUUUAUAUUCCUUUCUACUAAAGAAAGAAGCUUUUCAACGAAAAGCUAAAGAUGCUUUGGUCCUUAUUGGACAUUUUUGUUGGAAUAACACAGCUUUUCUGGAACUUGUAAUGUUGACACUCUGUUGCCAUUUGAAGCUUAACAAAUCACAAGAUGCUGAUUUUUGGGUCUCAUCUUAAUAUUCUUCUUUGUUUAUUUA